AUGUUUCGUCAAACAUAUCAAUUAGGUCUUCUAUCUAUUCUUUCGAGUCAAGGAUCGAAACCAUUCGAAACUUGGAUAUGUAAAGUAUCAAAUGGAUACAUCAAACGAAUUACGGAUGAAGAUAUCAAUUCGCUCGUUCUUGAACUGAUUUCGAGUAAUGUUAGUUCAACAUAUGUCACUUGUCCGUGUCAUCCGUACGAUUCAUUGGGAAUCAAAAUGCAGUAUUUGAAUUUAUACAUCAAAAACUUACGACGUUACUUUGUGAUGGAAAUCGAAGUACUUGAUAGUCAAAAAGUGCAUCGUCGCUUCAAAAUAUCGACUUUUGCAACGAAAACAAAGAUCGGCCCAUUUGGUACACAUUCACCAUUAAAUUGGAUCGAAGGUUGGAAUCGUUUGACACUCAAUCUUGAAUCAUUUACAAAAACAGUCUAUGGUACUAAUUAUAUCGAAUGUCGACGCAUCACGAUUCAUGCUAAUUGCCGAAUCCGCCGUAUUUUCUUUGCCGAUCGAGAGUACAAAGAAGAAGAAUUGCCUUUAGAUUAUCAAUUACGUUGUCGUAUUGAUCGACCGAAACGUGACACACCUGCGCGGAAUUUAUUUGCAUUGAAAAAGUCUGCUUAUGAACGUCGAAAUGAUCAAACUCAAGUAAAAAAGCCUUCUAAAAUUCCACCAAAAACUGCCGACGAUUCCAUUGAUUCAAUGAAGAAAGAAAUCGAAAAUCAAUUUGCGACAAUCGAAGAAAUUCCGAGCACCGAACGAAUGAUUAGUGCACCACAAGGUUCGAUCGCAUCUGACGUUCAACAAGCUGACGAUCCCAGUGAUAAUGAUACAUAUUCUGAUACAGAACAAAUCGAUCAUCAACAACCGAUGGUCGACGAGAUGAAUAACCUUAACCUUGAUACGAAUGGAACGAACGAAAAAUCUUCCGAUGACAUCAAUGUAUCAUCGAACGCCUAUCGAGAACGGUUCUUCGAUAGAUUCCAUCGAUAA